ACCAAUCUCACCAUCGCUGCGACAUGACAAUCAGUGGCACCGUCGCCUUUAAUAUUGAUUUUCGGAUUAUAUCUUCCACUGGUCAAACUCACUCUCCAUUUCUUUCGAAACCCCUCAAUUUUCUCCUCUUCCCCACCUCCAUUUCCACCCCAAUUUACCCACUUCUUGCUGCUCGCUCCUCCUCCUUCAUCCCUUCUUUCGAUAUGGAUAAUGGUGCGGGUCUCAGUUUGUAUCCACUACACCGUUGCAAAACAAUUCACCUGGUCAGGCAUGCACAGGGGAUCCACAAUGUUGAUGGAGAUAAGAGUUAUAAAGCAUAUAUGCGUCCUGAGUUUUUUGAUGCUCACAUUACUCAGCUUGGAUGGCAGCAGAUUGAUAAUUUGCGUAAGCAUGUUCAUGCAUCCGGUCUUUCCAGGAAGAUUGAUUUGGUUGUAACAUCCCCUUUGCUCAGGACUCUACAAACCGCUGUUGGAGUAUUUGGUGGCGAAGGUUAUACACCUGGAAUGGACGUGCUUCCCCUAAUGAUUGCAAAUGCCGGCAACAGUGCACGAGCUGCAAUUUCAAGUCUAAACUGCCCACCCAUUGCUGCUGUUGAGCUUUGUCGUGAACAUUUGGGAGUUCAUCCUUGUGACAAGAGAAGAAACAUCAGUGAUUAUCAAUUCCUCUUUCCUGCAGUUGAUUUUUCACUGGCAAAAAGCGAUGAAGAUGUGUUGUGGAAGGCUGACGUUAGAGAGACAAAGGAAGAACUGGCAGCCAGAGGAUUGCAGUUCCUGAAUUGGUUAUGGACAAGGAAAGAGAAGGAGAUAGCCGUUGUAACUCAUAGUGGAUUUUUGUUUCAUACCCUAACUGCUUUUGGAAAUGACUGCCACCCGUUGGUAAAAAAGGAAAUAUGCAAACAUUUUGCAAAUUGCGAGCUUCGGUCUAUUGUCAUAGUUGAUAGAAGUAUGGUCGGGUCAGAUUCCUCAACAACUAAUUAUCCUGGAAAGGUACCUUCGGGGCUGGAUAUCCCUAGUGAUGCUGUGGAUGAUAACAGUGUGAAGGAAGACAAACAACCAAUUGAUCCCGAACCAAAGGAACACGAAAAUAUGUAAGUCUGAUACGGCUAUAGACAGAGGGAUAUUCAAAUGUUGAGGUCAAUUAUACAAACAAGUAUUUUUGAAACUGUCUUAUCUAGACUCAUCGCAACACUUGUAUGUCUACUUCAGAUAUCUGCGUCUCAAGAAAUCUGUGCUUUGAGGAUUUCUCCAAUUCAGAACAAGUGACACCCAUUUCAUUGAUGUAGAACUAUAAAGUCUACACUUAACAUAUGGGUUUCCUUUUUCUUUUCUCA